UUGUAUGGUAAAAGGUGAAAUAUUUGGAGGAAUUGAGGUUGGUGGUGACAACAAUGACACCGAAGUUCUUAUGCAAUCUUUGGGAAAGUGCUGUUCCUGCCUUUCCCAGGAACAUACAACAACAUGCACUUUUAAAGGACAAGGGAAAGGAUCUGUUCCUGAUGUUCUUUCCGUGAUUAAAGGACCAUGGGCUAUCAUCUACUGGCAGGAAAGUUCAAAAACCUUGUGGUUUGGUCGAGAUGCUUUUGGUCGGCGAAGCCUCCUUGUGCACUGGCCAACUAUGGAGGAUUCCCGUUUUUUGUUAUCAUCUGUGACGCCAACUUCUUCUAGUUUACAAUAUUCUGGCUUUGAAGUUGAAAAUGGGACUAAUGGCAACAAAUUUUGGGAAGAGCUUUCAUGCGGGAUAUACAGUAUGUCAGUGGAUGCCAGAAAAUUAGAUGGGAGAUUUCUUGGUGAAAUCAAGAAGCAUGAAUGGACUAAUCCCUUCUAUCUAUGGCACUGCUUUGAAGUUGAAAAUGGGACUAAUGGCAACGAAUUUUGGGAAGAGCUUUCAUGCGGGAUAUACAGUAUGUCAGUGGAUGCUAGAAAAUUAGAUGGGAGAUUUCUUGGUGAAAUCAAGAAACAUGAAUGGACUAAUGUUAUGCUGAAACAAUUGAUUGAAUGGGAAAGAGUUUGGCCUAAUCAUGCUUCAGGUUCAGUAGCGGCCCAGAAUGUGCUGACAGCUUUGAGGGAAUCGAUGAUGCGGCGCAUAUCACUGCAUAAAAUUUAUCAGGCAGUUGCAUGUGGUGCUAGACAAAAUGAAAAUGUUCCUCUGGCUGUUCUUUUCUCUGGUGGAUUAGAUUCUAUGAUUCUUGCAGCGUUAUUGGAUGAAUGCCUAGAUCCUAAUUGUAAGUGUUGCUAUCUAUCUAUUCAUCUAUCUAUAUUUUUAGUUAUUCAUUUCUACGCAAAAGCAGGAAUAAAGGAACUUAGAAGGGUUGCACCUUUAAGAAGGUGGAGACUUGUUCAUAUCGAUGCUGAUUUGUCAAAGUUGAGGUGGGAAACAAAGCAUGUCUUGUCACUCAUUAAUCCUGCAAAUACCUACAUGGUACCCAUAGUUCCUUUCUUGGAUGAAGACGUUAUUAGGACACUUUUGGAUAUUCCGCUUUGGGAGGUUGCCCAUCUUGAUCAACCAAGUGGAAAAGGCGAUAAGAAGAUUUUGAGAGAGGUUGCUGAAAUACUUGGUUUGCAUAAUGCUGCAAUUCUGCCGAAGAGAGCAAUUCAGGUCCAUUUUCUUUCUUUUUAGUUGUCACACAUUGAACAAUUUUUCUUCUGAUUUAAUUAUUUAUUUUUUAGUUUAUGUUCUUCUGUUUAACAAUAGACAUUAUGAGAACUCUAUAUCAUUCGUCUUGUUGAAAGAGUACUGCUAUUUGCAGGGUUUUGCUAUUUGAUUGACCUUGAUUUUUGUUUUAAAGUUUUUAAAAUUGCUUCAGCAGAUUAUUGACAGUUGGUACAUGAGAACAAAAGUUGACUAGAACAUAUCUUUUGCAUAAAA